AUGUUCCAUGAUGGAGAUAUUCAGAGCGGGAUUGCAUUGGCCCUUGACCAAUCCAAAGCUGUCUUGUGUUUCGUGCACGAUGACAGCGACCGCAGCAGGCAAUGGGAGAAUGUCUUAAGGGAUGCAUCGGUAUCCCCCGCGAUUACCGCUCAGACGGUAGCCUUACGACUUCAAGCCGGGUCUCAUGAAGCCAACUUCCUCUCUCCCAUCUGUCCGAUUAGCAGCACGCCAGCAAUCGUUGUGAUCAAGAAUGCACAAUUGCAAGCGAAUCUUCAAUCUGGCGAGAUGUCUGUCCACGAAUUGAAGGACCGACUCAUUAGCAUCUUCCGCGUCCGAGAUGUUGGAAUACAUGUGCCUUCGGAAUCGGAGCUUGCAGUACCUGCUCAAGACGCUGAACAAGCUGCGGCUGAAUAUCUCGACCUUCAGCCGACCGCUCCAGGCCAAAUGAGACUUCCGAACAAUGCGUACGACGCCCUCCGAAAUUAUACUCAGAAACUGCUGGACGACGGCACAGCUCCUAUUGAAGUGUUCCAGACGCAGUUGAGGCUCCUUAAGAACAUCCCCAUCUUCCGUGACGAAGUGGAACGUUUGAGAGGACAUGGCCGCCCCGAAGUCUCAGAAUACCUACGGUCGAGACUCCUACGGCUCCCGGCGGUUGGACUUCGCAUACCAGGCCAGGCGGGGCCCGUUGCGCAACCUACAACUUCGUCUUCCUCUUCUUCGCAACAACCCCCGCCGAGGCCAGCUGCUCCAGCAGUAACGGCUCCAGUCUCCGGCACAGCGUCUCCGGCACAGCAAAGAGACACCGCCUCGCCCGCACCAGGUCAAGCCGAGACCGAGAAGCAAAAGGCUCAACGAGCGGAAUACAUCAAGAUGCAGCGCGAGCGAGAACAGCAGCAACGUGAGGAGCGCGAACGGAUAAAGGCACAGAUCAAGGCAGACCGCGAGGAAAGACGCCGGUUGGAUGAGAUGCGAAAGCGCGGCGGCAAUCUGGAGCAUACUACUUCAACCACAUCAGCCUUAUCAGGAUCGACCACUUCAAAGACAAGAAAUAGCGAAACCAGAGUACAAGUCCGCACGUUCGACGGCAGUACGCUACGCUCCACGUUCCAACCCACUUCAACGCUCUCCGCCGACAUUCGGCCCUGGAUCGACACCACCUCGAACACGACCGUUCCCUACAAUCUCAAACUCAUCCUGACACCACUCCCUAAUCGGAACAUCGAAGCCAGUGAGGAAGAAUUGCCACUUUCGGACCUUGGCAUCGCGGGAAGUUGCACGCUGGUCAUGGUUCCGGUCAGAGGAUAUGUCGAGUCUUAUACAGGCUCGACGGCAGGAGGCUUACUUGGCGCCGCGGUGAGCGGUGGAUACAGCCUUGUCAGUGGGACGGCGGGAAUGGUUCUGGGCGGCGUGAAGAGCCUGUUAGGCUACAACACUCCCCCAAGCUCCGAAGCGGCGCCAUCAGGCGACACUGGCUUGGGGGGAGGCUCGACGCCGGCUUCAGCUGCAUCUGCGGCCAGGAACGCUCGGGUUCGGACUCUCGCUGACCAGCGCGCAGAGAGCGCGGGCCGUGAUCAACAGUUCUACAAUGGGAACCAGCUGAAUUUCCAGCCGAAAAAGGAUGAUGCCGAGAAGGAGGACUAG